CACCACCACUCCACCAUGCGGCAUCUGAUCUCGUGGACACCACGUGCCCAGUGGUCACCCAAGCACUUAAAGCUGGUCACCGUCUAUGUGCUGGUGCUCUUGGUAUCGCUCAGCUUUGCUUCAGGACAGAGCAGGCCAUUUAAACAUCAGAUAGACAACAGAAGUCCUGAGAUCGAUCCUUUUUGGUAUGUGGGCCGUGGUGUCCGCCCCAUCGGUCGGUUUGGGAAGAGGCAGCUGAGAAGCAACCGUGGCAGCCUGAGGCCUGUGAGCAGGCACCUGGAUUUCAUCUUGAACGCUUUGUGGGAACAGAAAGUGUCAGGCACAGAAGACAGUGACUGGUGA